UCUCCUCUCCGCCAUCUCCUCCGCCGCCGGAGCCAGCCACCCCUGCCGAGGCCGUCGCCGUCGCCGUCGCCGCAGCCAUGAGGGAGAUCCUCCACAUCCAGGGCGGGCAAUGCGGCAACCAGAUCGGUGCCAAGUUCUGGGAGGUGAUCUGCGACGAGCACGGCAUUGACCACACCGGCAAGUACUCGGGCGACUCCGACCUCCAGCUCGAGCGGAUCAACGUCUACUACAACGAGGCCAGCGGCGGCCGCUACGUGCCCCGCGCCGUCCUCAUGGACCUCGAGCCCGGCACCAUGGACUCCGUCCGCUCCGGCCCCUACGGCCAGAUCUUCCGCCCCGACAACUUCGUCUUCGGCCAGUCCGGCGCCGGCAACAACUGGGCCAAGGGCCACUACACCGAGGGCGCCGAGCUCAUCGACUCCGUCCUCGACGUCGUCCGCAAGGAGGCCGAGAACUGCGACUGCCUCCAAGGAUUCCAGGUGUGCCACUCGCUGGGAGGAGGCACUGGUUCCGGAAUGGGCACCUUGCUCAUCUCCAAGAUCAGGGAGGAGUACCCGGACCGGAUGAUGCUCACAUUCUCCGUCUUCCCAUCGCCCAAGGUGUCCGACACCGUCGUGGAGCCCUACAAUGCCACCCUCUCUGUGCACCAGCUUGUUGAGAAUGCGGAUGAGUGCAUGGUUCUUGACAACGAGGCGCUCUACGACAUCUGCUUCCGCACGCUGAAGCUCGCGACGCCUACUUUUGGUGAUCUCAACCAUCUCAUCUCUGCAACAAUGAGUGGUGUUACCUGCUGCCUCCGCUUCCCUGGUCAGCUGAACUCUGACCUCCGGAAGCUUGCAGUCAACCUGAUCCCCUUCCCUCGUCUCCAUUUCUUCAUGGUCGGAUUUGCUCCUCUGACUUCCAGGGGAUCCCAGCAGUACCGUGCCCUCACUGUACCAGAGCUGACCCAGCAGAUGUGGGAUGCAAAGAACAUGAUGUGCGCUGCUGACCCGCGCCAUGGCCGCUACCUCACAGCCUCUGCCAUGUUCCGUGGAAAGAUGAGCACCAAGGAAGUUGAUGAGCAGAUGCUGAAUGUGCAGAACAAGAACUCAUCAUACUUUGUGGAGUGGAUCCCCAACAAUGUCAAGUCGAGUGUGUGUGACAUUCCACCCAUUGGCCUGAAGAUGGCAUCCACAUUUAUUGGCAACUCGACCUCAAUCCAGGAGAUGUUCCGCCGUGUCAGUGAGCAGUUUACUGCCAUGUUCAGGAGGAAGGCCUUCUUGCACUGGUACACUGGCGAGGGCAUGGAUGAGAUGGAGUUCACCGAGGCUGAGAGCAACAUGAACGAUCUGGUAGCUGAGUACCAGCAGUACCAGGACGCCACUGCUGAGGAAGAUGAAUAUGAGGAGGAAGAGGAGGAGGAGGUUGCUGCCUAAGCCACCUACCUACCUCCCCAUGUUUGAGCUAUAGAUAUGCUUUUGUGACAUUUGCUAGUUACCAUCGUUGAUUGGGGGUGCUUGUGGUGAUGUUAGAUGCUAGGUUAAUGUUAUCAUUUCCAAGUGCUAUGUUGCCUUGUCGGACUAUUUUUCUCUGGGUUAAUGGUAUGUUCAAAUUAUUGUUAUGUGGUGGAUU